CAGAGAGAGAGGCAGAGAUAGCCCGACGGACACAGUACAUAGUAGUGGUGUAGCUACAUCGGCAGCGGCAAGUAUGAGAGGAGAUAAGUUUACAGGGUGAGCUAGGCUGGUUGGCAGCCGUUGUCGCAUUCUCAGAGAAACAACGCAAACCGCUGGACGCCGAGAAGUCGCGGGACAGCCCGUGAGACUGGAAAAGAUAACUGGUGGAUACGAAAGGUUUUUGGAUACCGAGCAGCGGCAGCGGCAGCAGGAGCAGGGCGAGUGUGUGAGUCCUUCGGCGGCGGUCCCGCUGCUAGCGAAACAUGAACAAAAACCACCGAGUGCCGAGCAACCGUUCUCUGAGUGCCGUGGAGGUGAAGAGCAAGUUUGGUGCAGAGUUUCGUCGGUUCUCACUGGAUCGGUCAAAGCCGGGCCGCUUUGAUGAGUUCUACGGCCUCCUGCAGCACGUGCAUCGCAUCCCCAACGUGGAGUUGUUGGUGGGCUACGCUGACGUCCACGGGGACCUGCUGCCCAUCAACAAUGACGAUAACUACCACAAAGCCAUCUCCACUGCCAGCCCUCUACUCAGACUGUUCCUGCAGAGGAAAGAGGAAGCUGAUUACACGUUUGGCACCAACUCGCUGACCAGAAAGAAAAACACGGUGCUUUCGGCGGUUCUUCUGCGGCCCGACGCCACCAGGAAAAAAACACCGGUGAUCAUCAGCCUUCCAAAGGACUUCCGCCCCGUCUCCUCCAUCAUCGAUGUUGACAUCCUCCCUGAGACGCAUCGACGCGUUCGCCUGUACAAGCACGGCCAGGAGAAACCGCUGGGCUUCUACAUCCGUGACGGUUCCAGCGUACGGGUCACUCCGCAGGGCCUGGAGAAAGUCCCGGGCAUAUUCAUCUCUCGUAUGGUGCCCGGCGGGCUGGCGGAGAGCACCGGCCUGCUCGCAGUCAACGAUGAGGUGCUGGAGGUGAACGGUAUCGAGGUGGCUGGAAAGUCUUUGGACCAGGUGACGGACAUGAUGAUCGCCAACAGUCACAACCUCAUCAUCACUGUCAAGCCGGCCAACCAGCGGAACAAUGUCGUUCGCAGUGGUGGAGGGGGAGGCGGCGGCGCGGCGUCUGGUAGCUCGGGGCGCUCGUCGGACAGCGGUGCCAGCUACUAUGGCUACUCGUCGCACGGUGGGGUCGGUGCCGCGGCCUCCAUGCCGUCGCACAUCAUCCAGAACUUCCCCGUCGGGGAGCCGGAGAGCGACGAGGACGACGAGGACUUGGUGAUCGAGGCAGGGGGCGAGGCUGAGCCAAUCAGACGCGCCUCCUCAAACUACAGCAUGCCCUCGCUGCCCCGCUACGAGCCGCACCUCAACCUCCGCGCUGCCGCAAGCUCCACCUCCGCCCUCUCUAUCAACGCCAACGGAACUCUGCCAACCAGCGGCAGCAGCGGAUCACUAAGCAACGCCAAUGCCACUUCAAACACGCCAUCCCCAGACAGAGCCGUCGACAGGCGGAGUCUGGAGGAGGACGGCACUGUUAUAACUCUGUAGCUGGGCAUUCACACACUAAACACUGGAAACCAGAGAAAGACAAACACUCACAUGCGUCUACUGUGGGAGUCAUGCAUCAGCUAAUCAAACACGGAAACAUCCGGCUCCAUCAUACAGCGACUGAACCUGAAGAGCACAAUGAGUAGUGUACAUAUUAAAUCUCAUUAUGACACCUACAUAUUUGUACAUCCAAGCAUUUACACGUCUGCGGAAGAUGAUUAGGGCCACAUGUAAAAAGACAGAAUCCUGACUUCCUUCUCAGAAUUCUGACUGAUUUUAAACUUGGACGUUAUUCUCAGAAUUCUGACUUUAAAUUCAGAACUCAAUAACAUGUUUCACAUGUGUGCCUGAUCCUCUUCCGUACACGUCAAACACUGCACUCCAUACUUUUCUCCUCUACAUGCCAAUGACCACGCAUGUGUGCCAUAGUGGUGGCCCCCCCUCCCCCGCCCAGUUGUGAAAAAAUGUCAGACAAAGCGGAGUAGAAGAAGUGUAAUUCGAUGCCGCCCUACCCUCCACUUCAUUUCUAAACCAUGACAAGCACUUGUUUUUAACCUGGGAACUGUUGUUACGCUGAGCUUCCACAAGAGGGCAGAGAUGAGACAUCACCAUGAAUACAUGAAGGUAGAAGUCCUGUGAACGAGUGAAUCUCCCUUCCCAUAACAAACACACACUGAAGCAGGAUUUGAGCUUUUGGCAUUUGUUGACAAUCUGUCUGUGAUGAUUUGUAUGCCUUGGCUCCCCUGCACCCCUCUGACCACAGCAUGCGAUUGGUAAACGGUUGCGGUACUUUCCACACAACAAUCGACCAAGUGCUGAGAUCUGCAAUAAUACUGUAGUUUUUAUGGGAGGAGAAACCACCUAAAAAAACCAAGUCUGGGUUCUUUGUGUUGGCUCUUUUUACCUGUCGUGUUAAUGACUCACUGAUAAUGAUUGGAUUUGAAGGUUGAUGAUUUUGAUAAUUCUUGGGAGCAACUUUUCUUUUGAAAAUCCCUUUACCAUCAGGCCUGUGUUUUGUAUUAUUUGAAUAUUUUGUGUCCGUUUCUUCUUUUUGUACACUCUACUUGUACCUCACAAGUGACUGUAUGACCAGUCUCCAUCUGACCAACUGGAAGUUCCAAGUCCCUCCAGUAGAAUUGCUCUUCCUAACUGGGAAUGGGACAUCUUUAGAAUUAAUUUCCCUCCCAGAUUUCCUUCAUAUUGCACUCCCUCUCCUCUCCACGACAAGGGCUAUUUCCCCUGCUGCGUGUGUACAAAUGACAAAAUGUGAAUGUGAUUUAAUAUUUUUGUUUGUUUUCUCCCUCUCCAUUCUCUGUAGACCACGACUCAAUAUGUCUUCUCUCUUCGCUGUACAAUAUAUUCAUCUCUGUUGUUUUCUAGCCAGAGUUCACUUGGAUGUGUCCCGAGACAUUCACGUAUGAAAAGUGUUCUGAUCCACUUCCUUUCUGUGUCUUCAUUCUCAUUGAAUUCAAUUAAUGACACUCGGAGAGAAUAUAAUUAACAACUGUGUUCAGAAUGCUACUAAAUGUUGACUUUGGGCCUAAACGGCAGCUCAAUAGCUGGACUCUACUAACACUAUUAGCAAAUACAGUGACAGAAGUGAGCAUAUAUGAGUAAUAGAUAAAGUGACGAGAGAAGCCGCCUGUAUCUCAAAGUACGCCCUGUCAGAUUGAGUCAUAUUUAAUCAGACUUAAGAUACACUGGGCACAGACUGAUCCCCUUGCUGUAUUUGAUAAAGGUGAGGCAGGUCUGUGUUAUUACGAGGCUGUAAUGAACUUCUUCUCAGCAAACACUCGACUGACAGAUUAGGCCUAAAUUUGAAACAUUACAACUUUAUUUUUUGGGGGAAAUUUAAAGCUGCACUAAGCACAUUUUUUAUUUUGGGCUUUAUAAAUUAGGGCUGUAAAGAAUAGUUGGAAUCUUUAAAGCAUUAUUUAUAGCGUUGACGUUCAAAUUCCAAAUCAACUGCUGCAGGUUUUCUUUGCAUUUGUUUUAAUUGAUUCUGUUUAAACCUGGUAUUGCUGCACAGUUGCAGAUAAUGAUUAGGCUGCACCAGUCAGUGUUUCCCCCUAGAUUUAUUCACGCUUGUGUUUCACCGAGUGUGGGGCUUAGCCUCUCCACACACACGCAGACGAGAGGCGAGGCAGAAGUGAAGGUAACUUUGUCUGUACCCGUUACAGACAAAGUUAUCUUUCGGUUGUGAAUGGUAUUAAACUAUUUGUAGAAUUAGAUUCAGAGUUGUUUACGAAUCGUGUGAUCCAAUAACUCCAGAGCGUUAAAAUCCAAAAAGAUGGAUGUAAUCAUUUCCAAAAUUCACAACAUCUUUUUUAUCUAACCCAAUAUUCUGCUUCAAUACGUAUAAGUUGGCGUUUAGCCUUUCAAAAACAAUAUUUCUACUGGGGGCAAAAAUCAGUUUGCUGUCCCGCUUGCCACAAACAAGGGGAGGCACACACUGACGAGUUAUAUUCAUUAAAGAAAGUUGAUUAAAUAAGGGUGACAUUCAUUAAAAAAGAAAAGAAACGACAUUCAGUACAAAUGUAAAAAUACAAUUGACUUGUGUUUAGAGUUAUUCUGAAUUCACCAACAGAUGUUCAUAAUGCAGCUUUAAAUUGUAUUUGGGAUGUUUUCACUUAAGUCAACAAUGAAUUUGCUGAUGAAACUCCUCAGAGAUGUGAGCUCCUGAUCGCAUGCCAUGAAACAUUCUCCUCCAGUAAGAAGUCCUUCUGGUCACCUUCUAGUUCCUGUAAUUGAAGCGGAUCCAUAACAUUUAUUAGAAGAACAUAUAUAUCCAUUAACCUUACAUGCCUCCCUGAAGAGGGAGCAGAUGGUCUGUUAUUUCCCUUAUUGAUUUUCAGCAUUUACUCUGUUGUUAAAAGUCAUACCAUUGAUUUUAUCUCGCUCGCUAAAACAUGGUGGACUGGACGCACACUCUCAGUAAUGUUUAUUGGCUUCAUCUGAAUUUAUGUGCACAUGUAAUGGAACAGUACAUUUAUACAGAUCCUCAUCACACUAAUGUUUAUUCUAAUGUUUAUUGCUUGAAUACAUCCCGACCGUGAAUACCUAUGACUGGAAACCAACACAUCCACUAUUGUAUUUCAAGCUAUAUGUAAAAGGUACCGUCCUUCAUGGUACACACAGUCCUGAUGGGACUCUGUCUUCUUUCUUUCCCGACAUUAAACAGUAAUGAAUGGUA